CUAUCUAUUAUGGCUGACCCAACCUCCAUUAAGGGAGAGAUCCUUGAGAUGACUGGCGAGCAUGUGGAGCAGCUCCAUUCAAUGUGGUCCCUCAUGUUCGAGCCGAAGAGAUGCGAGGACUAUCUACAAAAACUCAAGGCGCACGCGGAUAUCUUCUAUACGGAUGUGCUGACUGAGUCGCGGGAGCAGCAGACGGCCCUCCUGGAUAACAUAGCCGCACUCCGAGCCGAGGCCAGCGACCUCACAAAACUCCUCCAUGAGACGGUGGACAUUGGUCAGAGGCCCGACGGUGUGCCACUGAUCAUAUGGCAGCUGAAGCUGGACAAAAGCAUUGAGCAUCUGCGCGAGGAGCUCUCGAAACGUCGGGCGGAGAUCGGGGAGCUCCUGCUCCAGCAGGAGCAGCUCUGCGAAAAGCUGGGCGCACUGCCGCUCCCUCUACUGGCGGACCCGCUGCCCCUGCCCGAUGAGAUGGACGGCUUUCGCGACCAUCUCGACUACCUGCGCUCUCAGCGCGCAGUGCGCCAGACGGAGCUGGACCAGCUGCGCAAGGACAUCAAGCAUGACAUGAGGAUGCUCGAGCUGGUGCCCCAGACCGAUGCAGAGGAUCGCCUACUGAACGAUCUGAGCCACAAUCUAACACCAGAGACACUAGAGCGGCUGCGGCAGAUGCGCAACAGUUAUGCCGAGCAGAUCCAGGAGCUGCGCUCCAAAAUCCAUGACAUGCGCGAGAAGAUCUACGUGCUGUGGGAUCGCCUCCAGGAGACGGACGAGAGCGCCAUGCGACGAGUGCGCGAGUGCACCGAGAAUACGCAGCGCACCUAUGCCAUCCUCCAUUCGGAGCUGCAGCGCUGCCAGGCACUGCGCAGCCAGACCCUCAAGACGUUCAUCGAGCAGCGGCGCGUCGAGAUAAGCAAGUGGUGGGAUCUAACGCUCAAGAGCCAGCAGGAGCGCAAUCGCUUCUCCAAUUUCUACAAUAAUUAUUACAGCGAAGACCUGUUGGAGCUGCACGAGCUGGAGCUGGAUGAUCUGAAGAGCUUCUACACGUGCAACAAGGAGAUUUUCGAUCUAUACGAGAGCCGUGAAGAGCUUUGGUCCCGCAUGCAGGCUCUAGAGGCAAAGGCCAUUGAGCCGAAUCGUUUCAACAAUCGUGGCGCCCAGCUCCUUAAAGAGGAAAAGGAACGCAAGGCCAUCACCUCGAAGCUGCCCAAGACUGAGCAGCAGAUAACUGAACUGGUGCACGCCUAUGAGGUGAAAUCGCAUGGCUCGUUUCUGGUUUAUGGCGAGGACAUACUGGAGCUGAUGGCUGGCGAAUGGGAGAACUAUCGCCAGGCCAAGCAGAGCUCGGUCCCCAAGAAGGCCCCGCCCACCACGAAGACGGGCAGCAGCAGCAAAUUGGGGAUGCCACCGGCGACUGCCGGUUCAACGGCCCCACGCACGCCCCGAACUUUGAAGAACAUGUCCUCAAUGUCGUUGCGCAAGACCCCAACAAUCCAGCUGAUCACUCCCAAUAUGACCAAGAGCACUGGAAAUCUGCACAAGCGGCUGAAUCCAUCAGCAGCCAAGCUGAUGGCCUCCAAGUCGCCACUAAAGCAGGUCCGCUUCCUGGACAACACAUUGUGUCGCAGCGGGGGAUUGGGCAGACGCAGCCUUGGCACACGCUCGAACAAGAAGCCGGAUACAAGAUCGCCCAGCGAUUCCGAGUAUAUGACCGAUGAGACCACUGAAAAUGACCGCCAAGCCGGGAUCUCCUAUGACGAAUUUGUGCCCACGAGUCGCUCAGUGCUGCCCGUCGGCGGGGCUCAGCGUCAGCGCACUCGCGUGGCUGUGCCACGAAUUCGCAAUGUCCUCGUAAACCACAAUUCGGUGGCGUCGGCCGCCAGCACACCGUCAAAGCAGGCGGUCAAUCAGGAGGAGAAGCCUCGAUUUGGCAAUCAAUUGAAGCUCCCGUCGCCACGUAAAAGUCGCAUGUGGCCGAAUCCACGAUAUUACUACUAAAAUUUACCUAUGUUUUCAAAUUUUUAUUUGCGUUUUAUGUUUGAUUUUAUUUGU